AUGUUCAACUGUGCUAAAUUUCCUUCUGACCGGCAUACAGCGCUCGCGGCGCACCUUGGGGCCCUUGCGGCAUCGGCUCGCUUUACGAACGCCUCCGUCCGCCUCGCAGAGACCGGCUUUUCGGUGGACGUCGAUCCAGGGGAGCCCAGAAUCGCUCCUCUCAACUUUGGAGACGGUCAAGGAUCAGCUGCGCGCGCGAUGGAGGAGGAUGCGGCUGGCCUCCAGGGCGCGACGACCCACUUCAUCAGCUGCACAGGCGGCACCCCACGCAGCAGCGGCCGCGGCAGCCUGAUCAGCAAUGCUAGCAGCGGCUCGGACGGCCCCGAGGACGGCGUGCAGCGCACUGGUUACACCUGCACCACCUCCGACGGCGUGCGCCUGCACCUCGUCCGGGGGUUCUGCGCAGCGGCGGCGGCGGCGCGGCCGCGCGGGCACCCAGUGAUGCUGGUGCCCGGCCUCGCGUCGAGCGCUGAGGCCACCUUUGACGUGGUGCCGCGGCUGUCGCUGUUUGGGCACCUUGCGCGGCAGGGGUACGACGUGUGGCUCGUCGACCUGAGAGGCAACGGCAAGAGCGGCGCGCCCGACGUGCGGCCGCUGAGUGAGGGGUGGUGCGUAGACGACCACCUGUUCCGGGACAUGCCGUCCGCGGUGGAGCUCAUCCUGCGAGAGACUGGCGCAGAGCAGCUCCACUGGAUUGGCCACUCGAUGGGCGGCAUGCUGGCUACGGGCGCCCUCUCCAUGCAGGGGCCCCUGGCCCAGACCGUCCGCAGCGUGGUCAUGCUGGGCAGCGGCUGCUACGGCGCGGGCUCCUGGUACUCCCUGCUCAAGCCGCUGGUGCUGGGCCUCUGCUGCUUUGGUUUCCCCGGGGGCGUGGCCGGCGCGACCAUCGGGAAGCUGGCGGGAACCUGGGCGAGCCUGGCGGUGAUGGAGGCGGUGUUCUACUGGCGGAGCAACACGGAGGUCGACGUGGCGCGGCGGCUGAUGAGCACCGCGUUCCGCUUCAUACCCCGCGGCCUGGUGUACCAGUUCCUGGCCAGCAUUGCGACCGACGGCGGCCUGACCACGGCUGACGGGCGCAUGCAGUACUGCGACCCCAAGGUCCUCCGCCACGUCACCACGCCGGUCCUCGGCGUCACCGGCGACUGGGACCUGUUCUGCCCGCCGGCGGGUGGCCUGAAGACGGUGCAGCAGUUUGGCGGCGACGCGCGGCGGUUCAUAUUCGUCGGGCCCGGCUACGGCACGGCCAAGGACCACUGCGGCCACUUCGACGUGAUCUGCGGCCGCAACGCGAGGUCCGAGGUUUGGCCCUACGUGACCUCGUUCCUCGAGGAGCACGACAACCCCAUAAUCGUCGGCGUCGCGGACGUCGUGCCGUCCGAGGGGGACAUGGAGGCGCUGGGGCGCGCGGCAGCCGCGGGGGCGCGCCCAGCGCAGUGUGUCGGCAGCUGCGGCGCGCGUGCGUGA